GGGAGUCACUGGUUGAGUAGUACAAACUCAAGUAUCACAUCCCGGCACCGGCUGCUUCAGAAGACGGGAAAACGAUGCAUCAAAGGCUCAGGUUUUCCAGGAUGGACUCUUAUCUUCCUCCUUGCGCAUCAUGUUCACAUAAUUAGACGUGGACGCAGCACGAGACAACCAACGUCUGUAGCCUCAGCCAGGCCUGAGCGGCUGGUGGAACUGACUGAAGAUGCACAGGCCCUGGCGUGGGCCCUUCCUGCUGCUGCUACCCGCACUCCUGACUGCGCUCGGGCCACAUGCCCUCGGCAGCCUGCAUGAGCGCUCGGCGGUGCCACGUGCUGCUGGACGAUCUGUGGCACGCAUGGACGGCGACGUGAUCAUCGGGGCGCUCUUCUCCGUGCACCACCAGCCAUCGGCUGAGCGCGUGGCCGAGCGCAAGUGUGGGGACGUACGUGAGCAGUAUGGGAUCCAGCGUGUAGAGGCCAUGUUCCACACGUUGGACCGCAUCAAUUCUGACCUCGAGCUGUUGCCCAAUGUCAGCCUGGGUUGUGAGAUCCGCGACUCAUGCUGGCACUCCUCUGUGGCACUGGAGCAGAGCAUCGAGUUCAUCCGUGACUCACUCAUAUCUAUCCGGGACGACUCCAAGGAUGGAUUCAGGUGGUGCAUUGAUGGAACACCCUCCAACCACCCACCACCGACGAAGAAGCCCAUUGCGGGUGUCAUAGGGCCUGGGUCCAGCUCCGUGGCCAUCCAGGUGCAGAACCUGCUGCAGCUGUUCAACAUUCCUCAGAUCGCUUACUCAGCCACAAGCAUAGAUUUAAGUGAUAAGACGCUCUUCAAGUAUUUCCUGAGGGUCGUGCCCUCUGACACGCUCCAAGCACGUGCCAUGCUGGACAUUGUUAAGCGUUACAAUUGGACAUAUGUUUCCGCAGUGCACACUGAAGGAAAUUACGGCGAGAGUGGCAUGGAAGCGUUUAAGGAGUUGGCAGCAGAAGAGGGCCUAUGUAUUGCCCACUCUGACAAGAUUUACAGCAACGCAGGUGAGCGCCACUUUGACCGGCUGCUCCGGAAGCUGCGCGAGCGCCUGCCCAAGGCUCGCGUGGUCAUCUGCUUCUGUGAAGGCAUGACGGUGCGUGGCCUCCUCAUGGCCAUGCGGCGGCGUGGCGUGUCUGGGGAGUUCCUGCUCAUUGGGAGUGAUGGAUGGGCAGACCGUGACGAAGUGGUGGAAGGCUAUGAGCAGGAAGCAGACGGAGGGAUCACCAUGAAGCUCCAGACGGAGGAAGUGAAGUCAUUUAAUGACUACUUCCUGAAGCUGCGUCUGGACACCAACAAGCGAAAUCCGUGGUUUGCUGAGUUCUGGCAGUACCGGUUCCAGUGCCGAAUCCCUGGGCACCCGCAGGAGAAACUGAACUACCAGAAAAUCUGUACAGGAAACGAGAACCUGAGUGACAACUACGUUCAGGACAGCAAGAUGGGCUUCGUGAUCAAUGCCAUCUAUGCUAUGGCCCACGGCCUGCACAGCAUGCACCGGGAUCUGUGCGCCGGACACCGCAGCCUGUGCGAGGCCAUGGACCCCAUCGAUGGUAGCAAGCUGCUCGACUACAUCCUCAAGUCCUCCUUCACGGGCGUCUCCGGGGAGGAGGUGUAUUUCGACGAGAACGGAGACUCUCCCGGCAGGUAUGACAUCAUGAAUCUGCAGUACGUGGAGGAGCUCGGUCGCUAUGACUACAUCAACGUGGGCUCAUGGCACGAGGGCGUCUUGAGCAUUGACGAUUACAAGCUCAUGACCAACCGCAGCGAGAUGGUACGCUCUGUCUGCAGCGAGCCCUGCUCCAAGGGCCAGAUCAAGGUGAUCCGGAAAGGGGAGGUAAGCUGCUGCUGGAUCUGCACUACCUGUAAGGACAACGAAUAUGUUCAGGAUGAGUUCACCUGUAAGGCCUGUGAGCUAGGCUGGUGGCCCGACGAGGAGCUGGCAGGCUGCGAGCCUCUCCCUCUCAAAUACCUGGAGUGGAGCAGCGUGGAGUCCAUCGUUGCUGUCGUCUUCUCCUGCCUUGGCAUCCUGGUGACGCUCUUUGUCACGCUCGUCUUCGUCCAAUACCGCGACACGCCUGUGGUGAAGUCGUCAAGCCGCGAGCUCUGCUACAUCAUCCUGGCAGGCAUCUUCCUAGGCUACAUAUGCCCGUUCACACUCAUCGCCCGCCCCACGGUGGCCUCCUGCUACCUGCAGCGCCUCCUGGUGGGCCUCUCGUCAGCCAUGUGCUACUCGGCCCUGGUCACCAAGACCAACCGCAUCGCCCGCAUCCUGGCCGGCAGCAAGAAGAAGAUCUGCACGCGCAAGCCACGCUUCAUGAGCGCCUGGGCGCAGGUGGUCAUCGCCUCAGUCCUCAUUGGCCUGCAGCUAGCCCUGGAGGUGGCGUUGGUGGUACUGGAGCCGCCCGAACCGGUCAAGUCCUAUCCGAGCAUCCGCCAGGUCUACCUCAUCUGCAACACCAGCAACCUGGGCAUGGUGGCGCCGCUGGGCUACAACGGCCUGCUCAUCAUGAGCUGCACCUACUACGCCUUCAAGACCCGCAACGUGCCCGCCAACUUCAACGAGGCCAAGUACAUCGCCUUCACCAUGUACACCACCUGCAUCAUCUGGCUGGCCUUCGUGCCCAUCUACUUCGGCUCUGACUACAAGAUCAUCACCACAUCAUUCUCGGUGAGCCUGAGCGUCACCGUGGCGCUGGGCUGCAUGUUCACACCCAAGAUGUACAUCAUCAUCGCCAAGCCGGAGCGCAACGUGCGCAGCGCCUUCACCACGUCAGACGUCGUGCGCAUGCACGUGGGUGACGGCAAGGCAGCGGCGGCCGCCUGCCAGAGUAACAGCUUCCUCAACAUGUUCCGCCGGAAGAAGGAUAGCAGCCAUGCCACCAGCAGCACAAAUCCUAAUGGAAAGUCUGUGUCAUGGUCUGAAGCAGGUGCCCGGCCCCAGGGGAGGGGGUCGAGUGUGUUCCACAGACUGUCUGUGCAUGUGAGGAAGCAAACAGUCAGCCAGAGUCAGACGGCGGUCAUACGACCCCUAACUAAUGCCUCGCAACCCCCACACCCCGAGUACCACCCUGGCCUCGACACAGAUCGCAAUGGCUCACAACCCGAUGACAAGGUUCUCUACAACCUCAGUGAGGAGGAGGACGAGGGGGGCCGACACCCCCAGAGCCUGGAUGGAACAACCCACAACAGAAGGGAGCCGGUUACCUAUUCACCUGUUCACCUGAUGGACCGUAUCACAGAGCAUCGAGACAGAGGACAUGUGGACACUCUAAGCUCUAACAUUACUGCUUUCGAUGAAUUAAUAAGUGGCAAAAGAGCAAGCCCCGCCUACAAUUCAUUAUCCAAUCAGCUGCCUCUGCCCCUGCAAAGGGAAAUGCUGUCUGAAGAGGGCUCCGAAAUGGAGGCUCUCGACCUCAUUCAUGGCUUUCUGUAUGACAGCGCUGUACAAGAGGCGGAGGAGGAGGAGGGUGGAGAGGAACAGCUGGCUCAGAGCAAGCUUACUCUCCUAACCCCACCUUCGCCCUUCAGGGACUCGCUGCGAUCAGGUCUGUCCAUUCCAGGAUCGCCUGCCUCCAACGACAACCCAAACACCUCCCAGGAAGUGACCUAUGCUCCCAAACAGAGCUCCUUUACACUGUGAGAGCAGGUGCUCAGGACACAGGAAAAAGCCGGCUCCCGCUUCUCUUAUUUGUCUAUAUGCUUAUCAGUCGACUCAGUAAUGACUGUAGGAUGGCAGUUGUUCGCUUACAUGACUUUCUCUCCAUGAAAUUUCUGUCAAGAUUACAACAUCCGUAAAAGGCAGGAGAGGCCACAAAGUAAACGAAUGGAAUGUCCGGUUGGGAUUAUUUUUCUUGACGGCGGUUCUGGCAAUAUCUGUUUUCUAUUAUAUGUAUGGAAGAUUGAAAUGCCAAAACAUCAAAAUUGUUGCUUUGCCAAAACCCACUAGCUAACAUUAUAUAAUCACAGACUACGAGUCCAAAUAGCAACCUGCUGCUUCAUUAUAUCACUGUCUGCAGGAAUACGGACAACAGAGCAACAAACCUUUGUUUGAGACUAUGCUGUGUGCAUAUGGACUGUGUAGCCUGACAUCAUUGUGAUUCAUUUAUCUGAAAAUGAAUAUUGCUGAGGGAGCUCCAAAAUUGUUGGAUAUUCAGUGCAAACAUAAACAGAGACAUACAGUGUAUGGAGUUGUGUAGACAUAUAACACAGAUAAAGGAAUACAUUCACACACACACACACACACACAUAGAGAGAGAGAGAGAGAGAGAGAGAGAUUGAGCUGUAGUCAAGGCCACAAGAUCAAAAGAUAAUAUUGGUUCUGAGACUCCAUGAUCAACACAAAGAUUUUUUUAAUGAGAAUGUUAAAUAAGUAUUCAUUAAAUGCAACCAUGGGUGACCACCAAGACCCAGACCAAGAUCAUGUUUUAUAUUGGUCCAAGACUCAAGUUCUGAUGGAUACAGCUCCACACAGACACACACAGACACACACACACACACACACAAAGCAUAAAGAGCAUUAGGGCAAUCUGGUUAGGAAUGAAUGCUUUUCUGUAGAACAUGCCAACUAAGAGCUUCUCUCUUCCUUCCUUGUACACAGGUCAGUAUUUGCACCUGCAUUUUCAACUUCAGAAUCACAAAUGUUGAUUUUAGCACUUGCUUUGGAAGAUAUGUUGAGGAAGAGAUUGACUGUAUUGUUAAGCAAAUAGAUAAAUAGUAUUUUAGUCUAAAUGAAACAUUUUUUCCUGUAUUGCCAAGGUUGUUACAUUAACAAGAGAACUGUAUUCUUCACAAGUCUAUUUUUGUCUGAUGAGGAAGUUAAUCCUUGAAAAUGGAGGAAAUGUUUUUCAAAUGUUUGUAUACUGUUGAGCCAGCUAUUGUUUUUCUCUCACACAGAUGGUGUCUUUGUAUUUCUGCUAAAUGUUUCUAUGAGCAGAACGUAAGAUGAUUUCUAAGUUUUAAAAGCAUCUUAUAACUCUUUGGGAAAAAAGUGAUGUACAUUAUGUUGAAUCUGGGAUAUCUGUAGAGACUUUUCCAAAUCAACUGUAUUCUAUGAAGUUUUUACUUUUUAAGCUUUAUCUAUGGGUAGUUGCUUCUAGUGGUAACUCGUAGCAUUUACAAGUGAAUCUUGUGUAGGAUUAUGAAUUUGCAAUCGUAAUUGCUCAAUUUACUCUACGUUUCAUAUACUAUUAUUAGAAUGCAACUCUGAAAAUCUUAAAUAGCUAAUAUAUAGCCAGUAUUGUAAUAAGUAUUGUAAAUUGUAAUAUUAAGUCUUUUGUGCAAGCUGUUUGGAAAUUAAUCAUUUGUUAAAUGUAACUGACAUGGCCCAUCACCUGUUUACAUAGAAAUGAGAAAAAAAACACGAUCUUUUUUUUGCCAGGACAAAUCAUGCUGUAAAAAUAAAUAUUUUUUAUCUAA